CAAAGGACAACAGAACAGCUGAUCCAGAUGGCACAGUUAGUCCUGAAAUUCCGUCUUCUUAAACUGUAACAUGCAAUGUAUAUAGUGUAAGGUAAAGAUGAAGUUAACUGUCAUGUUAAGCAGCAGUAUGACAAAAUCCAGUGAGUUUCGUGUAUAGGAAUCUACAUCCGCUUCCUUCCAGCAGAAUGACAGUCAAGAAAAUUUAGACUAGCCGAAUAAGUCCUCCAAAGAUCCAUGACCUUUUGAGCAUGUGCUAGGUCUAGAAGUAUCGAGAAUUAGUUCAUUCAAAUGAUUAACAAGUAGGUCCCUCAAAUCCUUCAUUUUGUUUUGUUUUAUUUAGUUUUAGUUAGGUGAGAUCCCACCCCGAAAUCAAAUUCCUCUUUGUCAGCUUCAUCUUGCUAUUCUAGCACUUCUCCACAUUAAACCAAUUUGGUAGAAGAAGCUGUGCUAUUAGUCAAGAACAGACGCGAGAUGGCCUCCCCACAAGGUAAUGAGAAUUCAGCCACAGAAUGGACAUUCUACCCAAGUUCUGGUAACCGCACUUAUCAUACAGGCAAGAAGUGUAUAUUUGAUGGUGUCCAUCUCCGAAACAAAACUACAUCAUCUGAACGGACAGUGGAAAUGUAUAUAGGAAAAAAGAAAUGCGUGGACAGAGCUGCUUCCAGAAAUGGCAUUCCAUUUGUGACACAGGGUGACCACCCAUAUGCAUGUCCGGAGCAAAGUACAGACUUCCACAAAAUGGGAUCAACAAGGCCUCUUGUGAAUUUUGGGAGUGGUAUGUGUAAAAAGAAGUUCGAUACAUUUAUUCCUCUCCAACACUUGCCAGGAAUUCCAUGUGUGCCUUUCCGCAUCAAGGAAAAACAGCAAGAACUUGAACGAGAAAAGAUGGACGUAAAGAAUAUGGAGAUGUGGAAGCCUGCACCAAGUUUGCAGCAUUCUUUGUUUGCAACUGGGAUGUCCAGAAGAUUAACUUAUCAGUAAUUUAAGGGAAACCCAUUCUUUAUAAUUCUUUAAAAUUCAUUGUGACCUGAAUGAUCUGAUGUUCCUUAGUGAGAAAAUGCAUUUUACACAUGCCUUCUUUCAAAGCUUUUUGAGUUAAUAUCAUACAGGACGGACUGUGGGAAGGUGGCAUUGGUAUCUGUUAACAUGGAUUGGAGAGGACACAAUAAAGGAAAGGUUUGAGUGUA